GGUCUCUGCAGCAAUAGCCACCGCACGGUGCAUUCUGAAUAAAAUCGAUCGGCGCGAACCGCGUCUCUCCGCUUCAACUUCUAGAGAGAGAAAGGGGAGAGAGAGAGAGAGUUGAUUAUGUUAUAGAAAGUACAAAGAGAGAGGGAGAAUAGAAUGGUUCUAGGGUUUCGAAUUCAAUUCUUAUCUGUUGAGAGGACGACGCAGUGAAUUCAAUGUCCGAAGACAAGAAGAUUAGAAACGAUGGAGCUGAUAAACGGAAUCAAGGGAAAGAGGAUAUUCGGCCGUGGGGAAUUUUGAUAUUCGGUUUGAUUGGAGCUACUGUCACCACGUUCGCUGUUGGACGAUUGCGGAGGACAGUCGAUUGGUUCUAUGUGCAGUUGACCAGGUCACAAUCAUCAUGGAAAGGUGCAACGGGCAGUUCUUUCCGGACAGGUUUCCAGGAGGAAGCAUGGAAGAGAUAUAACCGUCGAAUGCAGGAGGAGUAUGAAGAAGAAAUGGAGAGAGUGGAGCGUAUUAGGCGCAUGCAAAGUGUGUUCAACAGAGAGAAAAAUAAAUACAAAAGGAAUUAUGAGAGCUGGGGGGAAAAUGGUCAAGGUACAUAUAAUCAGCAUUUCCAGCGGGAUGAUUGGUAUUGGAAGGCUGAUACAUCAUACAGAGAUCGGAGGACUAAUUUCAGGGAAACUCCUCAGGGCACUGCAAUCUAUGCAUUAUCACAUCACUACUCAGUUUUGGGUCUUGAUAGGUUGAGAACUAAACCGUACACAGAUGAUGAGAUUAAGACAGCUUUCAGGACAAAGGCAAAGGAGUUCCACCCAGAUCAGAAUCAAAAUAAUAAAGAGGUUGCUGAAGUGAAAUUCAAAGAGGUCAUGACAUCCUAUGAGGCUAUAAAGACAGAAAGAAAGAAUAACAAGUAAUUACAAAUAAAAUCUGCAGCAUUGAGAAAUGCGGUUUGUGCAGAAGAUACGGACGGUGUUAUCCCACCUCUCUUAGUGAGGUAUUAGUUUUCAACUGUACCAUGAGUGCACUGCAAAAUAUAUAUAUUCUUUUUCUUUAUAUCUUUUUCUUUUACCUUCACCGCGACAGCCAACUUCUUUGCUACAGCUUCCUUCUUUUGUAUUGCAAAAUAUACUCCAACAUUUGAGCAUUUAGAUUUGGAUGUUACUGGGUAGGCUUUAGGAAUCUGACGAUUUUUUGAGUAUAAAGAGAACUCAGGUGCUUUUGUAUUAUGUACGGCAUGCAAUCAUGUAUAAAGCAAAAUAAUUAACAUCUC